GUUUCUACUCGAAGAUUCUCAAUCGGAUCAACCGGAAACAUGGGAGGCGGAGGAGUGAUGAGAGCAGCAGCGAAAGCGGCCGGUUUCGGCUUCGCCAACGCCGGUUCCCGAGGCAUUCCGGCGGACCAUACGGCCACGGCCGCUGCCGCCGUAGCUCGCAAAGCCACCAAUCGCCCAGUGCCGGCGAUCAUUUCGUCUGCCGAAGACGUGAAGUCGACCGUCUUGACGGCUUCACAGAACAACAAGAUUGACGCGGCGGUGCAGAGGCCGUCCUUGGAACUCCAUGAUUGGGAGUUCGCCGGCGGCGAGGAAGACAUUAUCGGGCAAUCUCUUGAGCCGAUGCCAAGGGUCGUCUUUGGUGGCGUUCCGACGCUGGAAGAAGCCAAAGAGGCCACUUCUGAACUCAAAGACGCUCUUGACAAGAAUAUGGGUGAUAUAAAGAGUAAUGUAACUGUAGAAAAGGAAGUGAAGGACGAUGAAUUUUUCAAGAUAUAUCUGUCACCACCUAAUUCUUCUGGAUGUGUGGAUUCAUACUUAGCUGGUUAUGAUUCUGCCUUGUCAUACCCCAAGACUAAAGCUUGUGUUACCAGUGAGGUGACAGCAGCAUUAUUGCCACAAAAUACUCUGAAAGCGUUUAGGCUUCUCAAUGAAAGUCCUGAAGCUCAGAAAGUAGUUGCUUCUCUUGCUUCAGACCAAAAUGUAUGGAAUGCUGUACUGCAAAACUCGGCACUUACGGAGUAUAUCCAGUCACAGAAGAGCACUUUCUUCUUAGAUACAGAUCCAGAUGUUAAAGAGAGUGUUGCUGAUGGAGAAUUUCCAGAUCACCAAUCUCCAAAGAAUGACGAUGAUGCACCUGAUGCAAAACAAUCAGCAGAUUCUGGAAAUGAGUUUGUGCGUUUUCUGCAACGAAUGAACUCAGCAGUAGUCGACAUGGUGACUGGUUUAUCGGAUUAUUUCAAGAACCUAUUCGGAGGUGCAACGGCAGAAAAAACUUCUAUAGAUGCUGAUGGGAGUGGAAGAACAGGAUUUGCGGAUGGAGCCACGGUAGGAUACAUGGUGGGACUGGCGUUCAUGGUCAUAAUAAUGGUGGUGCUGAAGCGACACUAGGCUUUUGUGUCUUUGGGAAUCCAUCCAUGAAUUUGCUGAAACUACAAAAACCUGUGGCAUGUUUUACUGUUCCUUGUUUGAAUGUCCCUAGAUUGCUCCGAAACAUAUAAAUUAUGAUUCCAGACAAUAGCUUGAAUGGAGUAGUAAGAUACUCAUAAUGCAUAAACUCUGCUAUACUGAUGGGCAUCCUUCA